UAUAUAUACACCUGACCUCUCCCAUCGCCUCACACACACAAACAGCAGCCAAGCGCAAGCUUAAUUAGCCCAGCUGCAGAUCUCCAGCAGCAAGAUCAAGUUAAUUAGCAGCAAUGGCCAAGGACAUCGAGGCGUCGGCGCCCGAGGGCGGCGAGUUCUCGGCCAAGGACUACUCGGACCCGCCCCCGGCGCCGAUCGUGGACUUCGAGGAGCUGACGAAAUGGUCGCUGUACCGCGCGGCGAUCGCCGAGUUCGUGGCCACGCUCCUCUUCCUCUACAUCACCGUGGCCACCGUGAUCGGCUACAAGCACCAGACCGACGUCUCCGCCUCCGGCCCCGACGCGGCCUGCGGCGGCGUCGGCAUCCUCGGCAUCGCCUGGGCCUUCGGCGGCAUGAUCUUCGUCCUCGUCUACUGCACCGCCGGCGUCUCAGGUGGGCACAUAAACCCGGCGGUGACGUUCGGGCUGUUCCUGGCGAGGAAGGUGUCGCUGGUGAGGGCGGUGCUGUACAUCGUGGCGCAGUGCCUGGGCGCCAUCUGCGGCGUGGGGCUCGUCAAGGGGUUCCAGAGCGCCUACUACGUGCGCUACGGCGGGGGAGCCAACGAGCUCAGCGCCGGCUACUCCAAGGGCACCGGGCUCGCGGCAGAGAUCAUCGGCACCUUCGUCCUCGUCUACACCGUCUUCUCCGCCACCGACCCCAAGCGCAACGCCCGCGACUCCCACAUCCCGGUGCUGGCUCCUCUCCCAAUCGGGUUCGCUGUGUUCAUGGUCCACCUGGCCACCAUCCCCAUCACCGGCACCGGCAUCAACCCGGCGAGGAGCUUGGGAGCUGCUGUCAUCUACAACACUGACAAGGCCUGGGAUGAUCAAUGGAUCUUCUGGGUGGGGCCACUGAUCGGCGCCGCCAUCGCCGCCGCAUACCACCAGUACGUGCUGAGGGCCAGCGCCGCCAAGCUCGGGUCCUACCGGAGCAGCAGCUAAGUCCGGCGCUCGAUCCGGGCGGGCGAGGGGGCACUGAAAUGUAGAUAUGCGACAAAGAAGGACGCAUCCACCCCAUUGCUUGUUUAGUUCAGCCUUAUUUUGCAUCAUCAGCUGCUACCGUGCGUACGUUCUUCGGGUUGUAGUCGAUUCGAUCGAUCUUCUGCACAUGGUGCCUCCGUACGUGGCCGUCGAUCCGUUCAUAUGCAUGUCGAUGUCUUCCGAGUUCGCCAUGUCUGCUUGCUCUGCUGUUUGUUCCAAGUGUGUGAUCAUUUCUUUUACUCGCUGUAUGUAUGCAUGUGGAGAAUUUCGGAAUAUUAAAGAAUUGUUGUCAUGUGCAAAUUCUGAAGUACUACUAAUUGCAUACA